AGCAAGAGGCAAGCCGGCGCUGAGAACGUACUUCCUGGUAAUUUAAUAUACACCGGUAGAGUAAGAGAGGGAGCGAGAAAUGGGUCCUCUCUGCUAUAGUUGCCUGCUAAACAAUGUUACAAGAGGAUAAUAGUUCAACCACACAAGUGAAAGUGACUCGGAAAAAAAACCGUUCAGCUUCCGUUGUAGACCUUUAUCUUGUCCCGAGCGCCUGCAAUUAGCAUAAGUUUUCACUGGUGACGCUGUUUGAUGGGGAUUAACGCUUGAGCCUCUCACAUCCAGCCUGCUCCGUUAUUUCCAAUAGCUGGAAAGGCCUGGUGUUGGCUACAUACAAUAACCUAGCAAAAACGAGCAAAUAAUACCAGCAGACCCCGGGCCCCGACAUGAGACGGGGAGAUGUUUCGGCGAGUCGGGAGCCCACAUCGGAUUAUGAUGUUCAAUUUUGCGCCAUGAGGAAAAGGCGAGGGGAGAUUGAAGGCGAAAUCUGAGGCCAUUGUUAUCUGCGAGCAGGGCGUACCAGUCGACAGGGCGGCCAGGAGCAGUGCUGCCUGUCCAUUUGCAGCCCCCCUCGCAUACCUCAGAUCUUUAAUGCUAGACCGUCUCCCCCUUUCGCGAGCCGAGGGGAAUCGUCCAGCAGCGCCCGCACUCUGGCGCGGGGCAGCCGUGCUCGAGAUACCCGGCGUUUGACGCGCGCUGUCUGGCUGGAAUAUCGAAACUGGUAUGAGCUUUGGGCUUCUUUAUUGAUUGCAGCGUGUCCGACUGUGGAAAAUAUGAUGCCUGCCCGCGCGUCUCUCGUCAGAGGCUAAGGUCAGCUUCCAAGAGGCCAUUGGAAAGAGACCGUCACGUGACAUCUAGUGCCAAUGUUCUUCCAGAAGGUCGUCAGGACCCUGGUAGCCGGUAACUCGAUUUUUGGAAAUGCAGAAAACGACCUACUACGACAACUCGACACUUUUCGGAGGAUACUCAUACCAGGGGGCAAACGGUUUUGGCUAUGAUGCCCCGGCACCAGCCUUCCAGAACUCAGCGCAUCUUGAGGGUGACUACCAAAGGUCUGCAUGCUCCCUACAGUCGCUCGGCACCAGCGCACCCCCACAGCCUCAGCAUGCCAAGACGAAAGAGCUUAAUGGCAGCUGCAUGCGGCCCAGUCUGCCACCUGAACACCACCCACCCCCCCAGGUUUCCCCUCCUCAGAACGCUGUAAACGUUGCUGCCUCAAAUGCCACCCAGCAGCCAGGCAGUAGCGGUGGUGGCGGGGCUGGCGGCGGGGGCACAGCCAAAUCGUCAUCCAAGUCGUCUUCUCUGGCCCCAAACCCAACUCUCACGAAGCAAAUCUUUCCUUGGAUGAAGGAGUCACGUCAGAACACCAAGCAAAAAAACAGCUCCCCUAGUGCAAGCUCAGCUAACGCGGAGAGCAGCGGUGGUGAGAAAAGCCCUCCGGGUUCUGCAGCUUCCAAGAGAGCACGCACCGCUUACACCAGCGCUCAGCUGGUGGAGCUCGAGAAGGAGUUUCACUUCAACCGAUACCUGUGCCGGCCGAGGCGCGUGGAGAUGGCCAAUCUGCUCAACCUUAGCGAGCGGCAGAUCAAGAUUUGGUUCCAGAACAGGCGGAUGAAGUACAAGAAAGAUCAAAAGUUGAAAGGCAUCGGCUCGUCCUCAGGGGGGCCGUCUCCCACAGGAAGCCCACCUCUUCCAAUGCAGUCCUCAUCUGGUUUCAUGAACUCUAUGCACUCAAUGGGCAGUUAUGACGCUCCUUCCCCACCAUCUUUUAACAAGCCCCAUCAAAAUGCAUAUGCCAUGUCAACAGCCUAUCAGAACCCAAUGAAAGGUUGCCCACCCCAACAGAAGUAUGGAAACACUGCACCGGAUUAUGACCCACAUGGGCUACAGGGUAACAGUGGCACCUACGGGACACCAAACAUGCAGGGUAGCCCCGUGUAUGUGGGAGGUAGCUAUGUUGAUGCCAUGCCUGCCACUGGGCCUUCUAUGUAUGGCCUCAAUCACCUACCACACCACCAGUCGGCAAGCAUGGACUACAACGGUGCCACACAGAUGUCGGCAAACCAGCACCAUGGACCGUGUGACCCACAUCCGACAUACACGGAUCUGUCUGCGCACCAUCCUUCUCAGGGUAGAAUCCAAGAAGCACCCAAGUUGACUCAUCUGUAGCAGGUUUGGACAAAUAAUAAUAAAAAAAUGAAAGGAAGACAAAAUGAAACAGACUAACCCAUGGGGCGAUGCAAUGGGGUUGAAAAAGAUGAUCCAGUGGUUUCUUGCCAUGACUAGAACACCGGUUUAUGUCAAUGUUGUCCUUCCAUUCAUACGUGAACAUACCUGAAUUUAGUAUCCAUAGGUCUAAAUACCCCUUUAAAACGAUACACGGAAAAGUGUAAAAGUGAAAAGUGGCUAGUUUAUGCCAAGGAAUAGACUGUCUAGCUGUAUGACCUCAUUACAUUAUCUUAAAUGUUUGUGUACUUCUUCAGCAUUGUCUGUGCAUUCCUCACACUUUGGAGAGUGGUACGGUAUGCCCUACAUUUAAACUUACUGGUGCAAGAAAACCACUGGAUUGUUUUCGUCCACUACCCUUAUUUCACAUACCUCUUUUUUUAAAACGUCACACAAAUGUCAAUUUUUUAUUAACUUGUUCCCAAAACUGCAGCAGAGUGGCACCUUGUCUUUAGCAAGACGGUGAUAAAGAUAUUCAUCUCUUUUAAGUGCGUUAUACACUAUGCUACCUAUUACUAUUGAUGAGAAGUAAAUAUAAUUUUGUUAUGGCUUUGACACAGGGUAAAAAAGAAGAGUUGAGAAUACUAGUAAAUUAAAGCUCAUUCCCUCAACUCGCUGUCCCCUCCCUCUUCCCCUCCCUCCCUCCCUCCCUUCCCCAGUUCUCUAUCUUUCCCAAUCUUUGGGUUCGCCUACAUUAGUCCAAACUAAUAUAAAAGUCCCACAUUUUCUCAUAUCUUGACUUAACGUGGAAACAGGGUAUAUUUGAACAAAAAUGCAUGUCCGGGAAACCAAGCUACAGCGCAGACGUAUCUGUUUACGCCUAAUGCGCUCUGGUCUGGGCAUCAUUGUUGCACUUAGAGUUUACAUUUAAUGGGUGAGGAAGAAAAGUAAAUCUUAUUUUGAAUCGGAAGACCUUCAAUCAGCGUCUUUCGCUAAGUGUGUUCAAGUGAACAUUCAUAAAUAUAUAUUUAUUUGUUAUAGCCAGUUUAAAUACUUUCUUUUUUGUAUUAUUUAUCCCCAUGUAUUUAUAUCGAUAAAAUGUACUUUUUUAGUAUCUACCUGUUAUAAAAAGACGCUGUGUUCUUGUCAUUGUAACAAAUUAAUUUUUAGUUCUUGUAUUUUAGAGAUAUGUAGGUUUAUGUUACCCUUGUAUAAAUAAUGUCUUGACUUGUACAGGGGGCGCAAGAACGGAAUCAAACCGUUCCCGCAUAGUCGAGAAUUAGACGAAAUAUAGCGAAACAUUUUGAGAACUUCAUUUGUCCUUUGUAACUACUUUUAUUUCCUUGUUAAGAGUUGGUUGUUGAACAAUUCUUUAAUAAAAUGUUAUGUUAUUCAUU